AUGUAAACUUCGUAAAUUUUUAAUGGAAUCUACGUAGUUUAAAAAAAGAUAUCUUCUGGAUCAUUUGGAGUAGUGCUAUUAGGUCACGAUAAAGAGAAAAAUGUUGAUGUGGCAAUCAAAAUAGAGAAAGAAGAAAAUGAAGAUGUUCGUUCAUUGGAAAGAGAAGUUUAAGUUUUGGAAAGAUUGUAAGGAACCGAUGGAGUGCCGAAAUUAUUUUGGCAUGGACAAUAGGAUGAAUUCAAUGUAAUAAUUCUACAGUUGUUGGGAAAGGAUCUAUCCCAUUUCAUAAAAUCAAAGAAGAAGUUCUCUUUUAAAACAACAAUUCAGCUGGGCAUUUAGAUGGUACGCGUCUUAGAGAGGAUCCAUAAUUAAGGUGUAGUGCAUAGAGAUUUGAAGCCAGAAAAUAUUUUAUUUGGUAUUGAAGAUGAAUCCUCUAAAAUUUAUGUUGUCGAUUUUGGAAUCAGCAAAAUAUACAGAGAUGCUCAGGGAAAUAUUUUACCCUUUAGAGAUAAUGCAUCCUUUAUAGGUACUACAAGGUACGCAUCGAUUGCUGCACAUAAAGGCCAUGAAUUAAGUAGGAAGGAUGAUAUCGAAUCAUUAAUAUAUGUGUUAUUGUAUUUCAUGAAAGGGCAGCUUCCAUGGCAAAAUAUGCAGAAUGUCAGUGAUGAAGAAAGAACUGUCAAAGUCGGUGAAAUGAAAAUGAACAUGGAUCCUCGAGAAUUGUGCUAAGAUGUACCGCCAGAAUUUGCUAAUAUUCUGGAACACUUAAGAUAGUUAUAAUAUAGUAGUGAUCCCAAUUAUGAUUUUGUGUACAAUACAUUGGAAAAGGCUGCAGAGAGUUAAGGAAUCAAAUUGGAUAAUAUCUAUGAUUGGGAUUAGAAGUAAUAGAUGAAGAUCUCCUAAAACAUUGAAAAUCCUGACAAUUUACUAAGAUCUACAACUCAACAAUAAUUAUAACCCCCUGCGUCUGCAGAGAUGAAGAAAUCGAUAGAGAAAUAAGGAUCGAAUUUAAUAAGAUAGUAAUUUUAAGGAUUUAUCAUUAGGUUGAGCAACAACUAAUUUUUAAUUCCACCUUCCUAAUUGAAGAGAUAGGAUUCCUAAUAACCAAGUGUGGUUUCUGGAAGCGUGAUGUUGAGCACUUAUAACUCAAUAAGGCCAAAAUACUAACCUUCACAAAUCGCUUUUGAUGCCAAAGUGUGUGAUGACAAUUCUCCAUAGGAUGUUGGUCAGAAUAUGAAAUAGACAGCUGAAACAGGCAAUAGAAACGCAAGAUAGAAUUCUUAUGCAGAGACGGUUGGUUGGAGAGAUUCAAUUUUUGAGGAAAACUUCGACGAAAUUCCUCUUUCUAAAAAAUACAGUAUGCUUAAGUAAUAAGGAGUGGCUAUUCCAAAGAAGAGAAAACCUAGUUAAAGUCCUAAUUAGCAAAAGAAAAAGUAAUGA